GAAGAAUAUUCCUAAAUCCUACCCCACUGCCAGUGUAUAUAAAGCCCUGUGAUGGCCCUCACUUGCGAUAAUGCUAAAAUGGGCUUCCUAGGCCGCAUCUAUUUGUGGCCUCUUUUCAUUGACAUACUGAACCCUACGCUCUUCUUUUUGUAUGCCUUCUAACAUCGGCCGGUAUACGUCACUCCAAUGCCUAACAUGCCAAAUCAGCUUUGCGAUGUGCUGAGUGCGACAAUCCCACCAAGCCAUGUUGGAAAUCGACCUCAAGGACUGAUUUGCGAGCUCAAGACAUACGAAGCGCGUUAUGUGGCUUCUGGUCAACGCAGACUCCUCCAAGUUAACAAGCAGAAGCGUGGACUGGAUACUAACGAACUGGAGCGCGACCAUGAUUCCGCUUUGAUCCUCACGCGAUAUUACACUUUCGAUAAAGAACUUGAUGUUACAGAGCUAGAGAUCAGGUCGCCACACAUGAAAGCUGCACUUCAAAAAGUCCUCAUCGAUUAUCCCGGGAUCAAUCCACACGCUAAUAAACUUGUGAUCCGCGACCUUCCGAAAUGCAUUUUCCACUAUCGCAAGGAGCUUCAGGAGUAUGGGAAAUCUCUUGAGGAUGCUAAUGCGAGAGAGCAUAUAAGCUUCUUACUUCAAUACAUGAUUUCAACUCUAGGGAAGGAAAUACGUAGCUAUGCCGACUUUAGGGCUGCCCCGCCAGGCUCACAUAGCCUAGAAUUUUGCAACCUGUGGAUGGUAUUCCGCCCCGGUGAUAUCCUGUAUCGGCAGUGUUUUGAUUCACCCAUUCAAUGUUUCAUGUUGAAGUCCAUGGACAAGAAAAGGUGUACGACAUGCCCUAAUGUUAACUGUACCCAUACGGAAUGGUCGAUUUCAGCAUCAUUCAUAGACCGGGAUGGGCAAAAUCUUGGAUACUGCAUGAUACAGACCACAAUCAAACCAUAUAAUGGUUACAAACGUCUUGAAGACCUGGAGAUUUUUCCUUUGGAAUAUCAUCGAGAUUGCGAAGCUAUCCGGGAGUCGCAGGUUGCAAGAGGGAAGAAGUUUGUCGGCUUACAGGGGGUCAACCAUCGCCAAUAUACAGGCAAUGCUAUACAAUUGUUCUCACCGGGGAAAACAGGACUUUUUGAAGACGGAAGAUGUUUUAUAAAUAGCAGGAUCAUAACUGACAGCGGUACAUUCGGUCUUGCUAAACCAUCCCUAAAAACAAAGCUACAAUUUCCAAUGCUCGAUCAUCAUCUGGGGCUUUCUGACGACGAAUACUUAAUAUGCUCAGCAUUUGUUCCUGGAUUUUCCCUCGCUAACAAAUUGUGGUGCUAUUUCCGUGUUGAUGCAAUCGAAGAUGUGAAAUACAAUUCCGAGGCAUUUGAGUCCUUGCUUUUGCCAGCGUCUCAAAAGGAAAUGAUCCUUGCACUGGUCAAAGCACACGCAGACCCGAGGUUAACCUUCGACGAUGUGAUUGUAGGAAAAGGAAGAGGCUUCAUUUGUCUGCUGCACGGUGCACCGGGUACUGGGAAAACCCUCACAGCAGAAAGUGUUGCGGAUUAUACUAAGCGGCCUUUGUACACCAUCAGCAGUGGUGAGUUAGGUGCAGAAAGCACGGUUGUGCACGCCAACCUAUGUGCUGCACUUCACUUGGCCACGACCUGGAAUGCUAUAGUUCUUAUUGACGAAGCAGAUGUCUUCUUGGAACAACGGAGCCAAAGAGACCUUAAGCGGAACGGUCUUGUCUCAGUUUUCCUCCGCAUCCUCGAAUACUACCGAGGUAUAAUGUUUCUCACCACAAACCGCAUCAGUAGCUUCGAUACAGCAUUCAAAUCUCGGAUUCAUAUGUCAAUAAAAUAUUACGGUUUAACACCUUCCUCACGACGCGAUCUUUGGAUGACUUUUGCGAAGAAAGCCUCAUCAUUAUCAAAUGACUCUGAAACACUGGCAUGGAUGGAUGAUCAGUAUCUGGAUAUGUUGGGCGAGAAAGCUUUGAAUGGCCGCGAGAUUAAGAACCUAAUGCAGACAGCUCAUGCCAUGGCUGUUAGUGAAGGCGCACCAAUUGGGAGGAAAUAUGUUGACAAGGCGUUGAAAGUCCAAGAAGAGUUUGAGCAUGACUUCACAGAAGAUGGGUUCCCUGCCUCACAUAAACGGCUAAGGGUAGAAUAG